CUUACCACCCCUACCACCUCUACCCCCUCUACCACCACUACUGCCUCUACCGCCCCGCAACCCCCCCUAUCACUUCCACUUCAUAUCUCUACCCCCAUCUUACCACUCACUCUCUUACCACCUCUACCACCCCUACCACCCUUUCGACUCCGACCCCCCCUUUACCACUCCUACCCUACCACCCCUUCCACCUCUAACCUCUCUAUCACCAUCACUGCCUCUACCGCCCCACAGCACCCUCUAUCACUUCCACUCUCUAUCUCUACCCUCAUCUUACCAUUCUACCCCUCCCUUACCAUCUCUAUCACUCCUCCCACUCCUACCACCUCUAUCACCACCACUGCCUCUAUCACCUUUCUCUAUCACCUUUUCCACUCUCUAGCCUCUCUAUCAUCACCACUAUCUCUACUCCUCUCUUACUAUCUCUACCACAUUUUGAUCUCUGUGUUUAUAGUAUAUAGUUACUGCUAA